AUGGACAAGUCGAGUAUGUCGCAGACUGCGGUCGCACGGGUCUUCAAGUUCGCCGAAGAGUCUCGCGAGAGCUGCUGGAAGCGGAGCGUCGUGGCGUGUGUCGCUGGUGCGACUAUGGGCGUUGGUCUCGGCACGUUCCUCGGCACGUUCGAAGGCGCUCAUGGAGAAUUGGUGGGCCGCAAUAUGCGUGAGCAGCUCUACAAUGGCUUUAGCAAGUCGAUCAAAGCCGGUUACGUGCGUAGCGUCUACUUCUCCAAGGAGUUUGCGCUAGUGGGCAGCAUCUUUGCUGGUGUCGAGUGUGUGAUCGAGCGCCAUCGCGCGACUCACGACAUUGUGAACCCCAUCUUGGCUGGCGGUGUGUCGGGCGGCAUGCUCGGCGCGUGGGCAGCGCGGACGUCCGGCACAAAAUUGCUAGUGCGAAACACAGCCAAAGGCGCGGCAGGCUUUGCGGUAAUGGCCGUCGUGUUUGAAAAGGGCAUGGAACUCAUGAUGCAGUAG